UACCUAGAUUUACACUCACAAUAGAGCUUGAGGAGUAGCUUGAAAGAUAGACGGUCUCAAGGCUGGAGGUAGAAAGACUUGAGAAUCGACAAAAUGUCCCGACGUUUGGCGGCAUAUGGUCUAGCUUCCACUGCUCUGGCAGGGGUGGUGGUCACUUCUGCCAUAAAGAGCAGACCUAACUUCUUUUCUGCUGCUGUCGCGGUUGGUCGAAGUAGUGGGGCGUUGAUGAUCCUGGGUAACUUCGCACUCUUUAACGUCAUUUGCCUUGGUAUUGCACUCAAAACCAUCUUCUUCGGCCGACUUCGACCUAUCGAAUAUGAACACCUCUUUGAAAGAUUAUGGUUGUUCUUGACUGAGUCUCUAUUAGCAUUGACAAUAUUCCGAGACGACUUCAACGCUCCUUUCGCUAUCAUGUACAGUUUACUCUUAUUUCUCAAAUGUUUCCAUUGGAUUACUGCCGAUCGUGUCGACUACAUGGAUCAAAUCCCUCCUCCCGGCCCUCCAAUUACAUAUCAUCUCAGAAUAUCAUCCAUCAUCUCUCUCCUCACUGCAGUCGAUAUGAUUCUCGUCAUUUAUUCUCUCGAGACGAUCAUCCUCGAUGGACCAUCAGCCAUGAUCCUUUUCGCUUCGGAAUUCAUGAUUCUACUCGCUUCUAUCUCUGGCACCUUUGCCAGGUACAUGAUCGGUCUGAUAGAUUUAAGGAGAGCCAGGGGAAGGGCGGAUGCCCCAAGCUGGGAGGAAAAGUCGAUGUAUCUGUUUUAUAUCGAUCUUGCUGUUGACUUUACAAAACUCCUCACUUACCUCUCAUUCUUCGCUGUCAUCCUAAUGCACUACGGCCUCCCUCUGCACAUUCUCCGAGACGUCUACAUGACCCUCCGUUCCUUUCUCUCUCGCUGCGGAGAUCUUAUCCGCUAUCGUCGAGCUACGAGAGACAUGGACGCUUUGUAUCCUAACGCCACGGCGGAGGAACUGGAACGGUCGGGUGAUAGGACUUGUAUCAUAUGCAGGGAAGAAAUGAUUGCUGCUCAAGAGGACAGAGCAGGUAAUGGGGGACCUAAUGAGACGCCGAAGAAGCUGGCUUGUGGACAUGUCUUUCACUUUCAUUGUUUGCGAAGCUGGUUGGAGAGACAGCAGAGUUGUCCUACUUGUCGGCGAGACGUCUUGAGGACAGCCCCUACCCGACCUAGCGCCAGACCAGGUAGACCAGCCCCACCGGCACCUGGCGCUAUCCCGCAGGUCAACGCAGGGCCGAAUAACAAUCAACCCCUCAGAGCGGCAUACGAAGAUUUUUUUCGAUUUGCCCAGAAUCCAGACCAACCGACACCUGCAGGUGUACCACCCCCACGUCAAGGUGCCGCGAUAGCCGCGGAUCUAGAAGCAGCCGCCGACGCUCAGUUUCAGAGAGCUGUUCAACAUACGACACCCGUCGUGACUACGAAUGCCGCCGAAGCAAACGAUAGCGUCGAUGGCCAGAUUCAGCGAUCAAUCUGGGGCUCUAGAGUUGUACCGGGUCAAUUCUUUCCCCCGUUACUCGGUGCGACUCCUAGGUCUUCUCAAUCCACCCCGGUCAGACUAUCAACAGGACUCGCACCGACUCCCCGGCCAUCGCUUGGUGGUAUGAGCUCGAACAGAGUCCGAUUGCAACCUCCUGAACGAGUCGCAAAUGAACCUCUCGUUAAUCCCUCUCAAACCAGUCAAGAUCAAACACCGAAUGUAUCCGGUCCUUCGGGUGCUACCACACCUUUUCAUUCCAAUCCUCCUGUCAUCUUCACUUCCACUGGUGCUGUCCGGCCACCUUUAGGUCCCGCUCCAGCGGCUCCGAAUGGUAUCGAGAACGACGCUCGUAGGGUCGCUGCAGAGGCGGCGAUGAGAAGAUCAGGCUUGGUCCCUCCUGGAGAAAUGAGAACAAGACCGUCUUCACCUCUUGAACCUACCACCAUUUCACCCCAUAUUUCUGCCACCAAUCCUGAUUCUACUAUCCCACCUUUUGCUGUCAACACGGCCUCUGACAAUCCGUCAUCGGAUACUGCUUCACCCAAAGGAAAACAACGAGCUAUACCCGAUGACUGGGAUGCUCAACCCUUACAUAUCCCCCUCCUAUCUCCUCUAUCUUCUCAACCCCUCAUCCGACCAACAACCUCGUGGGGUCGACAUCCUGUGAACGUACGGGAGGCUUUGGACGAUAGAUUGAGGUUGUUACGCGAUGUGGACGAGGUGGUAUGGGGUUUGAUAGGAGAGUUGAGUAGGGCUAAAAGUGCUUGGGAGGGGGAAGAUCAAGGAGUUUCAUCUGACAAUAAUGGUAGUGGGACAGGGGAGGGGUGAUGUUUGUGUAUGUAUGCAUUGCCCGUGUGCUCUGUUC